GGCGAAUUUCAUUGGCGAACACGACUUUUCCGGCGGACUAGGUCGCAUCGGACAACCGGAGCACAGCUGGUGAGGCUGGUUAUGCAGAAGAUAUGGUUUCUGCUGCCAAGUGUGACAAUAUCGAAAGUUCUCUAUCUGGGCAAGAAAUAAUGUAAAUAUACGAAAUGUUUCAAAACAAGUUUCAACAAUCGUCGGGAAUAUUUGAAUGUUUCCCCCUUGGUUUUGGGUUCCCCCAAAACGGAUAGCACUUCGAUCUCUGUAUAUAAAGCGACGUUCAACGGGAAGUAGCGUAGAGAUAGUUCGGAGAGAUCGAGAGAUAUACAUAGAAAUUCCGUGAUCGUGAUCGUGAAAUUCGGACUCAUAUUAGCUGCAGCGUCGAUUUCGUGAUUCGGACUUAUUGUUAGCCGCAGUGCUGAUCUCGGAUUUAAUGACCACGGUGUUUUGUCUCACAGCAUAUCACUGAUCGUCUUGAUAUUUCGAACUCUGAUUAAAUUGUUAAAUUAAAAUGUCCGCGAAAUUCAUGUGCAUAACAUUUACAAAUCAUAAAAUUAAAGACAAUAUCGUUUUUUAUCAAAUAUCGGAAUUAACGCCAUCCACGACAUUUAAAUCAGAAUCACCACCGGUAGAGAAUGAAGGCCAACGAAAUCUUGAAUAUGCUUUCCGAUGGAAAGAAAAUACCAUCGACAUUCAGGGCUCCACAUCUACAGUAUACUCAUCAUAUCUUUCGAACGAAGUAACGCAUCAACGACGAGACGCAGCGCGUAUCUGACAGCAGCGCAAUUAUACCACGUUUGUAAAACGCCGGCAUUACCCCCACUGAGAAAUCUUCAGAGAAGCUAAUGUCUCAGGGCGCCCAAUCAAUUAGGAGUAGUCAACCAGGGCGAAAACUUCUCAAAGGUUCAUGGGUCCGCCCAACUACCACCACCUUCUAUAUGAACAUAAGCAGUGGUCUUGUCCCCACCUCGCUUUGCCCCACCGAGAAACGUGCCCCCCUCCCCUCUCCUUCUCUCUCUCUCUCUUUUUGUCUUUCUCUCAGUUUCGUUCGGCCACCUCUCCAGUCAAGGGACUACUGUCAGGGGGAUCUGAUGAGCAACUAUAUAAGACAGGAAGGACGAGAAGGUGUAUGCUAGUACAUAUUCAAUCCUUCCGUGGCUCGCACAGUUCACGACGUGGCGAGCGGCGACAAAUUCGGCUGCGGUGACUGACGUUUCCUCUCUCUACAUUUUCUCCUUUGCUUCUUGCAAACUACGUUUCCACAUUUUUCACCCCUUUCUUUGCCUUCCUGAAUCGUGAAUACAACUAUUGAAUAGAACCUUCUUUUCCCGCCCAGUUUUUUUAAAUUCUUUUAAACUUUGCGGCGGGACAUCAUUUACUUAUCUCGUAAGAGCAGCAUCAGUAGAUAUAAAAACGUAGAGUCAAACGGACGUAGUAGCACUCCAGCAAACGAAACUGUGUCUUUUUCGUAUCGAGAGGCUAAGAGAGAGAGAGAGAGAGAGAAAGAAAAACAUACAGCUGAAGAUUUCGUGCAAUAUACAUGCAACAGUGAUAACUACACAAAGACAUUCGAAGACUUUAAUAUCACGGAUCCUUGAUUAAUCGGCGAUCCGUGAUCAAGAUGUUCGAAUUUCUGGGAGGAGUAUGGGGGAGAACGGACACAACCAAUUAUGAUGUCUUCCGCACCUUUCUGAUAUUCAUCAGUGUUCUUCUGGUGGUGAAAUGGUUGAGAUGUAACUGCACCUUACCAUUACCACCCGGUCCAUGGGGAUGGCCGAUCGUAGGGUACUUACCCUACAUCAAGGGCGCCGUGCACUUGCAGUAUACAAAAUUGGCUAAGAAAUAUGGUCCCAUAUUCAGUGUCAAGUUUGGCUCGCACCUGAUCGUCGUUCUUAGCGAUCAUGAAAUCAUACGCGAGGCAUUCAGACUUAUGGACUACGCUGGCAGACCGCACACAGACUUCAUGAAAAUUAUCGAUGGCUACGGCAUCGUCAAUUCGGAGGGUACCUUCUGGAAUGAUCACAGGACGUUCCUCCUACGAAUUUUUAGGGGACUUAACAAAGACACCGAUGGCGGAAUAAAAGCUAUGGAGAAAACAGUCAUGGACAACGUCAACACAUUUCUUAAGAAAUUGAAAAAUCAAGAAGAAGCACCUAUAAACAUUUCACCCUAUCUUGCUGUGUCGAUCAGUAAUGUGAUCUGUUCUCUCACAAUGAGCGUGAACUUCGAAGAUGAUGAUCCGACAUUCAAGAGGUUUAUGGAUCUUAUUGAUGAGGGAUUCCGUCUCUUUGCUCAAUUGACGUAUCCGACCUAUAUACCGCUGUUGCGCUUCUUCCCUUGGAUUCAUGGCACCCGAAAUAAACUAUUACAGAAUCGUAUUGAAAUGGAUCAAUUCUUCCAACGAAUUAUUGAUAAUCACAAAAGAGAUUUCGAGGAAGGACGUGACUUUCGCGAUGUCGUCGAUGCCUAUAUUCAAAAGAAAAAUAAUCCAAUUUUUCACGGCAAAGAUGAAGAUCAUCAAAUGCGACAAAUUAUGGGUGAUCUCUUCUCAGCUGGUAUGGAAACAGUAAAGACUACUUUGGAAUGGUCAAUGGUUUACAUGUUGAAUUACCCAAAACUGGCAAAGGAGGUGCAGGAUGAGUUGGACCAGAUCGUAGGAAGAUCAAGAUUGCCUUCAAAGGCAGAUAUGAAUAAUCUUCCAAUCACCCACGCGACAAUUUUAGAGAUUAUUCGCAGAUCCAAUCUCGUACCGCUUGGAACUACACACGCUACCACACGGGAUGUAACGUUAAAUGGCUACAAGUUACCAGUCGGAACUCAAGUGAUACCGCUGUUAUACGCGGUACACAUGGAUCCAUUACUUUGGGGCGACCCGGAAAAUUUCCGGCCUCGCCGUUUCAUCUCCGAAGAGGGUAAAGUUAAGCAGCCGGAUUAUUAUAUGCCCUUUGGAACUGGCAAACGAUCCUGUCUGGGAAAGCAAUUGGCAGAAAUGGAGAUUUUCCUCUUCUUCAGCUCGCUAAUGCACAUGUACAACCUGAAUCUGCCCAAGGGUGACUCAAAACCUAGCUUAGAAGGCAAUGUAGGCGUCACCAUCUCGCCCAAAACGUUUAAGCUGUGCUUACAGUACAGAAGCUUAGACGAGACGGGCGACGAUGAGGAUGACAAUGGCGGCAACAAAGAGCCCAUCAUCGAGGAACCCACCUUACACCAGUCGGUUGACGACAAGGAUGACAAUGGCAACGAGGAGCCCGUCAUCGAGGAACCUAUCAAGGAGCUCAUUGGGCAAUAUCUGCGCAACAUCGGAAGCCAUUAAGUAUUUUCAUUAGAGCACGGGUACUGGUUCCUAUCGUAGUAAGAGAGACCAAAAAAGAGAAAAA